AUGUAUAGCACAUGUGGCUGGCUCGGUGUCCUGGCGCUGCUGAGCACCCUGGUGCUGUGCCACAGCCUGCGCCGCCCCCCGCACCCCCCGCACGGCCACUGCUACAGCGCGGGCGACCUGCGGGACGGCGAGAGCCCGGCUCGGCUCCUGGGCCGCAGCCUGCGCUGGGAUCACUACGUGCCGGUGCAGCUGGUGCCGCAGCUGGAGCGGCUGCAGGACGCUCCGGACCAGCCCCGCCGCCAGCGCCGGCACCAGCAGCGCCUGUGCCCCGCGCUGCAGCCCCGCGCCCAGCUCCGCAGCGAGCACAACGAGCGCUCCAUCUCCCCGUGGCGCUACCGCAUCGAUGAGGAUGAGAACCGCUACCCGCGCAAGCUGGCGUUCGCCGAGUGCCUGUGCAGCGGCUGCGUGGACGUCAAGACCGGCCGCGAGACGUCGUCGCUCAACUCGGUGCCGAUCCACCAGACCAUGAUGGUGCUGCGCCGCAAGCCCUGCCCGCGCCCCGCCGCACACGGGCUCGUCACCUUCGAGGUGGAUUACAUCAGGGUGCCGGUGGGCUGCACCUGCGUCCUGCCCCGCACCACCCGCUGA